AUGCGAAUUUUGCUUCUAGUGUUCUGUCUUUUUUCAUUCGUCUUGCUCGAAGAAGCGCCAAAUAUUCGUCAAGUCACUUCUCAACUAUCGAUUGUUUCUCGUUUGACUAGUGGAAUAACAAUCCAAAAUGAGCUUUUGGACAGUAAAUUGACAGAAAUUCAGGCAGUGGCUAGCAUGAUUCAUAUCAAAAAUCCACAGUCUUUGGAGAGUUUGAAAGACCUUCAAACUUCUGAAGCUUCCAAAAAACUGGAUGAUCUCUCAACUCUUUUGAAGCCAUUUGAAGGAGAAUCCAAAGUUCAGAAACCCGGAUGGCUUCGGAAAUCUCUUCAAGUUCUUUCUGAAUUCAGUAACGAAUUGGAGACUCUGAACACAGCAUCUAAAACUAGUCUCACUGAUGAUUUCAAAGCAAAAGCAUUGGCGAUUACUGGUGGAAAAGUGAACAUUAGAGAGUCAAUUGUUGGUAAAUGGCCACUUACUGUGUUGGCUGACUCACUUUCAACUAUCAUGAAUGAAACUAUGACUGGAGUUCCGACUGAAGAGAAAGAAUUGUUCAAAUUGAAAAAUGCGAUUAUUCGUUUUCGAUUUGAGAUGGAGGCGUAUGAAGAGUAUAUUAAAAAGUUGAAAGAUUACGAGACAGAAUUAAAGGCACUGUUUGAUUAUAAGGAUUUGAAGAUGGAUGAAGUGUUGAAACCAGUGAAAAUUAUAAAAGAUGUUGCAACACGAUUUGAUCAGACGAAACUCGGAGGAAACAGAUUUCUUGUAUGGUUGACUUCAUUGAAAGAGGAAGCUGAUAAAUUGGAAUCAACGAAUAUAAUGAAAAGUCAAGAACAAAUGGAAGAUUUGAUGAAAGACCUCGACUCAUUGUUCCCAAUUGUCAGAGAUAUCUCAGCCGUCAGAAUCAGUCCGAAACCUUCUCAAUUGGCUCAAAUUUUUAAGACAGAUCUCAGUGAGAAAUGGUUUUUGGAUUCAUUUGCCGAGGGAGAUAAAAAAUCAAUCGAGAAAUUAAAGAAAUCAUUGGUUCUUUUAGAAAGUUUCAGUGAGAAAGCAACUAAAAUAACAUUAGGAUUAAAUGAUUUCACUUCCAAAUACAAUCGAUAUCAGAUAUUUGCUUUCAAACGAGUUUUUGCCAGAGUGAAAAACACUGUGGAGAAACUGAAGGCAUUCGAGGAAGCCUCUGAAAAGUUUAAAACUGCAUUGGAUUCUGCCCACACUUGCUUGAGCAACACUAAACUCAAAAGUCGUCGGAAAGAAAUUGAUCUGGAACUUUUUGAAAAAUCGUACGAAUUCGCCAUGAAACUCUAUGAAAAAGUCACAAAUUUGCACGAUUCGAUUCAGAAAGUUUUGGGAAUUCCAGAGAUUGAAAACUAUGAUGUUCUUAAAAAACUGAAUGAAGAAAUCAAAGGAAUCAAAGACGAUACAUUAUCCAAUGACGAAGCAUGGAACAUUGUUGAAAAAAUGAGAAAAGUCGCUGAUGUCGAUACGUUUUUGCUGAAAUUACAAGAAGCUUCAACGACUUUAUCAGAGAGAAUGAACUCGGAAUUAGAUGAACUUUUGAUGGAAACUGUUGAUUUCGAUAUAAUUCAAACUACUCAGAGUAUUCUGGAGGACACAAAUCUCCUUGCCGCUCUUGAAUGUUUGAAGAAUAAUGCCGCCGAUUUUGAUACGAAGCAUUCGUUUGAAUUGAUGGCUCUCGGUAAUCAAAUCAGAUUUAUAAAGGAGGAAGAUAUUCAAGAAGCAAAGGGAAUUCUGGAAAAUAUGGAGAAGAUUAAAACUGAUUUGAAUUCAUUGGACAGUAAAUCGAAGAAGACAAAACGAGCAGCUGCGAAGAAUGAGACUGGAGAACAGGAGCUGUUGAAACUAGAGGAAUCGAAGACUAUUGGUUCGGAAUUGGAGAGCGGAGUCAACACUUUGAAUAGGCUCGUCGAGGUGAUUGAUCAGAAGGAAUCGGUGUUGGCUGCCACUAAAUUUGGAGAGAAAGUAGACAAAGAGAUCUGGUCAAUCCGUGUUCCGCCAAUGCAGAGUGUUUGGACACCGAUAACUCGUCAGAAGAUAAAGAGACUCUUUGAAGAAAUUGAACAAUUCGAGAAAAUGGCUGGGCAUUAUAAAACGAAAGGAGUCGAGAGUGUAUUUGGAAUUAUGGAGAAUGCCACGUCUGUCAAUGGAUUGAAACUUGAUUCUAGUCUAUUCAAAAACUAUGUUCCAACUAGUCUCUCUGCUUCGAAGGACUCAGAAGUUCAAGCCGCUGCUCCAGUUUUUGAGAAAUUGAGUUCUCUCGAUUUGGAUUUCGCUGCAAAUCAUGAAGCACUGAAAACAGCCUCAUUGACUUUUACACCGCUUCGAAAGUUUUUCGACGACUUUUUCGGAAUCGAUAGAACACUGAAGAAUGCGCAGGCACAAAAUGGAACAGCGGGAGCUGGAGCUGAGACUGAAAAUGGACCAGCUGCAUCUUAUUUGUUACUUUUGGCUGCAGUUCUUAUUGUUUUCCUCGUAGUUUUGGUAGCUAUCAUCUUCUGUAUGAAGAGAAGAAGUCGUCUGGCUAAGCUCGGUCGAAAAGAAACUUGGAGACAUCUCAGAUUUUUGAGUGAAGGAGCACUCACAAAUAACGAUGGAACUCAAUACACUCAACUCCAUUUGGCAGUUCUCAAGAAACGAGGAGAAGAAGUGAAGAGACUUGUGAAGAAUGGAGCUUAUAUUGAUGUUCACUGUUACGGAAAAGUGAUUGAAACUCCACUCCACACGGCUGUCUCCAAUAAAUCUGUGGACACGGUGAGGUUCCUGAUCAAGCAUGGAGCUGAUAUGGAUGCAUUGGAUUCGAAUUAUGAGACACCACUGGACAGAGCAAAGGGAAACAAGGAAAUGCUGAAGAUUCUCAAUGGAUUCAAAAAGAAGAAUUUCAGAAAAACUCUUCCACAAGCGUUGCCUAUCGACAAAUACAAGAUUUUCAUUGAUGAAAAAGUGAAAGGAAAGAAACAGUUUUGUGAUAAGUUUAAACAGAAUAUUGUGAGCAAGAUUGAAAAAGCAACACACGUCAUUGUGAAAACUGGAAAAGAUGGACUGUUCGAGUUGGAUAAGGAUGAUCCAUCAGCGAUAGUUUACCUUGGUGUUGUAUGCAGUCCAAAGAUUUUGAUGACAUCUGACUGGUUGACUGCUGCGGUUCAAAAGAAAAACAACUUCCGUGAUGACUUCAAAUUCCAAGUGAAAAAGAUAAAAUUCAAUGGAAAAACAUACAAAGGAAUCGACGAUAUUCAAUUGAAUAAUAGUAAAAUGUUCGUUCCCUACUUGACGAAUGCUAUCAUCCAUUUCGACCAAGCCGAUCUUCACACAAUUGAUUGGACCGCUUUGAAGAAGGUUUCAACUGAUUUGGGUGCCCAGAACGUGGAUGAAUUCCCUGUGAUGCAAGGAAUGAUUCCUGGAAAAUGCCCGUACUAUCGAGACGAUUUAGGACACAUUUUUGUCAUUUAUAUUCAGAGUAAUGCGGAUAAACUGACAGCUCUCUACCCGAUUCUGAAAACUGAAAAGGCGUACACUUUCUUGGAAAGGGACGAAUUUAUUGCGAUGCUUCUUUCUCAAGAGAUAUGUCAUAAGAAGAUGAAAUCAACUAAGAAAUCAAAGAAAUCUGCAAGUACCGAAGGAACCACUGGAACUACAGGAGGAACAACUGGGACAGCAUGUAAUACUCUUUGUGAAUUGAAUGGAUCCACUGCAACAACUCUCGGUAUUACCGGAACAACUGGAACAACAUCGGGUGCCGAGUAG